AUGACGCCAAACAUCCUGUCUGCAAUGUUCCUGGUAGAGUUGAAACUGGGAUUCAUCCGGCAGACCAACAGGAGCAACCCAGGCUCACGCAAGCUCCAUACAGGGCAGACCAAUAGGAGCAACCCAGGUUUGAGCAAGCUCCGUACAGGGCAGACCAACAGGAGCAACCCAGGCUCACGCAAGCUCCAUACAGGGCAGACCAAUAGGAUCAACCCAGGCUCACGCAAGCUCCGUACAGGGCAGACCAACAGGAGCAACCCAGGCUCACGCAAGCUCCGUACAGGGCAGACCAAUAGGAUCAACCCAGGCUCACGCAAGCUCCGUACAGGGCAGACCAAUAGGAUCAACCCAGGCUCACGCAAGCUCAGUACAGGGCAGACCAAUAGGAGCAACCCAGGUUCACGCAAGCUCCAUACAGGGCAGACCAACAGGAGCAACCCAGGCUCACGCAAGCUCCAUACAGGGCAGACCAAUAGGAGCAACCCAGGUUUGCGCAAGCUCCAUACAGGGCAGACCAAUAGGAGCAACCCAGGUUUGCGCAAGCUCUUUACAGGGCAGACCAACAGGAGCAACCCAGGCUCACGCAAGCUCCAUACAGGGCAGACCAAUAGGAGCAACCCAGGUUUGCGCAAGCUCCAUACAGGGCAGACCAACAGGAGCAACCCAGGCUCACGCAAGCUCCAUACAGGGCAGACCAACAGGAGCAACCCAGGCUCACGCAAGCUCCAUACAGGGCAGACCAACAGGAGCAACCCAGGCUCACGCAAGCUCCAUACAGGGCAGACCAACAGGAUCAACCCAGGCUCACGCAAGCUCCGUACAGGGCAGACCAAUAGGAUCAACCCAGGCUCACGCAAGCUCAGUACAGGGCAGACCAAUAGGAGCAACCCAGGUUUGCGCAAGCUCCAUACAGGGCAGACCAACAGGAGCAACCCAGGCUCACGCAAGCUCCAUACAGGGCAGACCAAUAGGAGCAACCCAGGUUUGCGCAAGCUCCAUACAGGGCAGACCAAUAGGAGCAACCCAGGUUUCCAAUACAGGGCAGACCCAGGAGCAACCCAGGAGCAAGCUCCAUACAGGGCAGACCAGGCCCACGCAAGCUCCAUACAGGGCAGACCAACAGGAGCAACCCAGCAAGCUCCAUACAGGGCAGACCAACAGGAGCAACCCAGGCUCACGCAAGCUCCAUACAGGGCAGACCAACAGGAGCAACCCAGGCUCACGCAAGCUCCAUACAGGGCAGACCAACAGGAGCAACCCAGGCUCACGCAAGCUCCAUACAGGCAGACCAGACCAGCUCAUACAGGGCAGACCAAUAGGAGCAACCCAGGUUUGCGCAAGCUCCAUACAGGGCAGACCAACAGGAGCAACCCAGGCUCACGCAAGCUCCAUACAGGGCAGACCAAUAGGAGCAACCCAGGUUUGCGCAAGCUCCAUACAGGGCAGACCAAUAGGAGCAACCCAGGUUUGCGCAAGCUCCGUACAGGGCAGACCAACAGGAGCAACCCAAGCUCACGCAAGCUCCAUACAGGGCAGACCAAUAGGAUCAACCCAGGCUCACGCAAGCUCCGUACAGGGCAGACCAACAGGAGAAACCCAGGCUCACGCAAGCUCCGUACAGGGCAGACCAAUAGGAUCAACCCAGGCUCACGCAAGCUCCGUACAGGGCAGACCAAUAGGAUCAACCCAGGCUCACGCAAGCUCAGUACAGGGCAGAUCAACAGGAGCAACCAACGGACGAGGUGGGGGUUGGGAGUGGUGAACAUGAAGAUGUCAUGA